CGAAGAAACACAUUAUACAUUAUAGAACACAAACAUAAGAGAGAGAAAAAAAGAAAGAAAAAGUUUAUGAUAAAGCAAAAGAAUAUUAUAGUUGACACUUGAUACAUAAAUUUUGGACUUUGUUUCUAUUUGCCACCCACCCACACCUACAACACAAACAAAAUAAAACAAAACACUCACAGAGACACAGUAACAACAACAACAAAUUAAGAGCAAGAAUAGAGAUCUCGUGAGAUCGAGCUUCUACUGUUUCCAAGUAUAAUUUUUUCACACUCUCAGCUUAUUCAGUGUCAUGGGGAGAGAAGUUACAGCAAUACAAGCUGAGGAUAAGAAGCCAAAUGGUGUAACAAUAGCUUUAGACGACAGUCCGAAUGAUAAUGUGCACAAUUCUUCUAAAAUUGCAGCAGCUAAGGUUCAAGCAAAGGAUCAUGAGGUAAGGGAAUGUACUGAAAUGAAUUUGUUUGAUGAGAAAUGCCAUGAGACAAAGGAUGUUUUGAGUGCCAAAACAACAAACCGUAAUACUGACUCAUCCGAAGAGGAGAAUGAGAAACAUGAAGUUCAGAAGACGGGUGACAACAAAGAGUUAAGCUCACCGGCUGCAGAGAAAGAGCUUACAAGUCAUUUUGUUGUCACACAACCAUCUGAUCUGGUUACUGAAAAACAUGAAUCCUACACUGUUGAUACCGAAGCUGUUGUAGCUGGUUUGAACUUGUCGCCAAAUGCUAACAACAUACACUCGCCUUGUUCAUCAAAGAAUUCACAGGCAAACUCACCUUUUUCAUCAACUAAGCCCUUGCAACAUGAUCAUAAGAAGCACUAUGAUGAUGAGGAUAAUUGGUCUGUCGCAUCCUCUGCUGUGUCGAUGCGCACUGCAAGAUCGAAGGUAACUCAGGGUUCGGCCCCUACAUUUAGAAGCUCAGAACGUGCAGCAAAACGGAGGGAGUUUUAUCUCAAGUUAGAGGAGAAAAAUCGAGCUCUUCAGGAAGAAAAAAGCCAGUAUGAGGCAAGACUAAAGGAAGAGCAAGAAGCAGCCAUCAAGCAGUUGAGAAAGAACUUGGUAGUUAAAGCAAAUCCAGUACCAAGUUUCUACUAUGAAGGGCCUCCGCCAAAAGCUGAACUCAAGAAGCUGCCACUAACACGCCCCAAGUCACCAAAACUGAAUCGGAGAAGGAGCUUUGGCGAUGCUGUGAACUCACAAUCUCGUGAAGUUUGUAGCCGAUCACGUCAUAGUACUGGCAGCCACAUGAAAGUUGGUUCUAAUACUAAUACCAAUCAUCCUCUUAAUCAGAAAAUUAAGGACCAGAUCAUUCGACGCAAUAGCAAUGGUGCUUACAAAACCAAAGAACGACCAAAGGUGGAUACGGAAACGAAAACAGCUCCUCCAAACAUCAUCCAGCACCCAAGUGCAGACAUAUCAGUCCAAUCGUGACUCGUGAAAAUACCCUAUUUUCUUUUUUCAUAUGGACUUCACUUUUCUGAUUUGUGUUAACUUGCGGUGUAUAUGUUUUUUUAACUUAUGUUUGCGCCGGUCAUGUUCCAUAUAAAAUCAUAGUUAACGAUGUAGUAUGAAUGAUAUAUUGAUAUGUGAUGUUCCCUCAAACUAGGCCUCCAUGGAUUUGGAAAUGUUAUAUGAUGAAAUUUAUAUAUUUCUUUAUGUAGAAGUAGGAUUAGGUUGUCCUAAGGUUUUGUCUGUGUUCAAUGGUUGAUUUUCAUGAGGGGGAACAUAUUGUGUAAUGCAACUUUUUGUUUAAGAACUGAGUUUGUAUUUAUUCUGAUAAUUUAUAUUCUUCUGAGUUUA